AUGGGUUAUCUUCCAUCUUCCUUCCUUCUUAUCAUCGUUUUCAUCGAGCUCUGUUUUCAUGGCUCCUCCAUCACACACUGGGAAGACGUACAAGCUCUCAAACAGUUCAGAAAUGGCGUCAAUUCCAACUCAGUGGGUCCCGGCUCCUGCUUAGCUUCCUGGGAUUUCUCCGUCGAUCCAUGUGACUCGCUCUCCGGCGAGAAAUUCACCUGUGGUUUCCGAUGCGACGCCGUGGUCUCCGGCGUUAGUAGAAUCACCGAGCUCACACUCGACCGGGCUGGUUACUCCGGUUCACUCGCGUCUUCAUGGAACCUUCCUUAUCUCCAGACAUUAGACCUCACUAGCAACUACUUCACCGGUUCCAUUCCCGGUGCUUUUUCCCGAUUAACUCGUUUGCAACGACUCAGUCUCUCUGGGAACUUGCUCAACGGGUCAAUCCCUGACUCGGUUGGGUCGCUACCCAACUCACUCGAGGAGCUUCUUCUCGACAACAAUAAUCUCCAGGGACCCAUUCCACGAUCUCUCAACGGUCUAAAGAAUUUAAAAAGACUCGAACUUCAAGGAAACAGACUCAGUGGCGAGUUCCCAGAGUUGACUCAACUCAGUCAACUUUACUUCCUUGACGCCAGCAACAACGCCAUUUCCGGCGACCUUCCCUCGACUUUCCCCAGCAACCUCAUUGAACUAGCCUUGAGAAACAACUCACUACAAGGGAAUAUUCCGGCGAAUUUACUCAAUAACUCGGUUUAUCUUCAAGUAUUAGACCUGAGUUACAACAAUCUCACUGGUUCCCUUCCACCGGAUCUUUUCACCCACCCUUCUUUAGAACAGCUGACUCUAGCAUACAACCAGUUCCGGUGGGUUCUUAUUCCGGCGAACUGGGGCCAGAACAGCGAGCUCAUAGCUGUUGAUUUGAGUAACAACGAUAUCCAUGGGUUCUUACCCGGAUUCUUGGGUUGGAUGCCGAAACUAUCCGCUUUAUCAUUGGAGAACAAUAAGUUUUCCGGUAUGAUUCCAACGCAGUAUGCGUUGAAGGCGGUGGCGGAGGAGGGUCAGGGAGGAGUAGCUCCGUUUGAGAGGUUGUUGUUGGGUGGGAACUACUUGUUCGGGUUGAUACCCGGCCCGUUAUUGCAGUUGAGAUCCGGGUCGGGUGUGACGAUCCGAUUAGGGGAUAAUUGUUUGUAUGAGUGCCCCGAAAGCUUUUACUUUUGUGGAGGAGGAAUACAGAAAAGUCUGAUGGAGUGCAAGGCUUUUACUCCCGUGAUCCCGUGA